GGGCGGGCCGGGCGGCGGCGGCGGCGCGGCGCGGCGCGGCGCUGCGCUGACUGGGUUGGGUCGGGCGGCGGCGGCGACGGCUGAGGCGGCUGCAGAGGCCACCGAGGCGCUGACUGGGUGGCCGGCGGGCCCCUGUGGCGUCGAGCAGCCCCUUCGUGCCGCCUGGCACUCCCGGGGCAGCGGUGGGCCGCGGCGCGCAGCCUGCCAGUGAGCUGCAGCGGGCACACCCCGGCGCAGCGGCGACUGCCGACAGGUUAGAGUGGGGGCAGGGACAGGCGCGGGAGCAGCCCGUGGCCGGAGUAGGAGCCCGAGCCAGGCCAUCUCCAACCAUGUCCGACGAGGCGUCAGCCACCACGUCGUACGAGAAGUUUCUAACCCCCGAGGAGCCCUUCCCGCUUCUGGGACCCCCUCGCGGGGUGGGCACCUGCCCGAGCGAGGAGCCGGGCUGCCUGGACAUCAGCGACUUCGGCUGCCAGCUCUCCUCUUGCCAUCGCACGGACCCUCUCCACCGCUUCCACACCAACAGGUGGAACUUAACUUCCUGUGGAACAAGUGUGGCCAGCUCAGAAUGCAGUGAGGAGCUGUUUUCAUCGGUUUCUGUUGGAGAUCAAGAUGAUUGCUAUUCCCUAUUAGAUGACCAAGACUUCACAUCUUUUGAUUUAUUCCCUGAGGGGAGUGUCUGCAGUGAUGUCUCUUCUUCUAUUAGCACAUACUGGGAUUGGUCAGAUAGCGAAUUUGAAUGGCAGUUACCAGGCAGUGACAUUGCCAGUGGAAGUGAUGUACUUUCCGAUGUCAUACCCAGUAUUCCAAGUUCACCGUGCCUGCUUCCUAAAAAGAAAAACAAGCACCGGAAUUUAGAUGAACUUCCUUGGAGUGCAAUGACAAACGAUGAGCAGGUGGAAUAUAUUGAGUAUCUGAGUCGUAAAGUCAGUACUGAGAUGGGUCUUCGGGAGCAACUUGAUAUUAUUAAAAUAAUUGAUCCUUCUGCUCAAAUCUCCCCUACAGACAGUGAGUUUAUUAUUGAACUUAACUGUCUCACAGAUGAAAAACUGAAGCAGGUCAGAAACUAUAUCAAGGAGCAUAGCCCUCGCCUACGGCCUGCAAGAGAGGCCUGGAAGAGAAGCAACUUUAGCUGUGCAAGCACCAGUGGAGUGAGCGGUGCCAGUGCCAGUGCCAGCAGCAGCAGUGCCAGCAUGGUCAGUUCUGCAAGCAGCAGUGGGUCCAGUGUUGGAAACUCUGCUUCAAACUCCAGUGCCAACAUGAGUCGAGCACACAGUGACAGCAACUUGUCUGCAAGUGCAGCAGAGCGGAUUCGGGAUUCAAAAAAGCGAUCCAAGCAGCGGAAGUUACAGCAGAAGGCCUUACGCAAGAGGCAGCUGAAAGAGCAAAGGCAGGCUCGGAAGGAGAGGCUCAGUGGGCUCUUCCUUAAUGAAGAAGUGCUGUCCUUGAAAGUGACUGAGGAAGACCAUGAAGCAGAUGUAGAUGUUCUGAUGUAAUAAGGGUGACUUUAUCAGUGUUCUUUCUAAGCAUUAAAGUAUUCUAUCCUUAUUUGUUUACAUGCAUCUUGACCAAACUUUUGGUUAGAGCUGUGCUUAUGUACCUUUAAUAAUUUAGGUCAGUGGUUCUCAGCAGCUGGUCCUUGAGUCAGCCGCUUCAGCAUCACCUGAGAAGUUGUUAGGAAUGCAUAUUCUUGGGCCCCACCCCAAGACCUAGUGAAUCAGAAGUUCUGGCGGAGAGGCCUAGCAUUGUGUUUUAACAGGCACCAGAUUAUUCUGCCACACACUCUAGUUUUAAGAACCACUGAUUUAGUAAAUGUUUUAACUAUUUAAACUUUAGGGUGGUUAAAUGGGCUUUUUCAGACUAGUACUUUUACAGUUUAGAAGAUUUCAAGGUAUUGCUGACAAAUAGUGUAUUAUGUCAGUAUACAUGUGUGGAGAUCAUUAUUCAGUUUCCUUCUUAAUGUUACAAUUACUUAGUUUUUUUAAAGGGCCAUAGUGUAAUUCUAAAUUUCUAGUGGACAUCUUUUUUUGCAGUUGUGGAGGUGAAGUGUGGAUUGCUGUUUACAAUAGUGCCUUCAUUAAGUUUAGUUCUAUCUGUUUUCAUUCAUUAUUAACUCAAAAGUGUAAAAAAAAGGCCCUAAUAUCUUUCUUGUUUUGUUUUUCACUUUAUGUGAAUUCAGAAUCUUUUCUGUAAGUGAUGACUACUGAGAAAAUGUUACUAGUAGCUGAAUUUUAGACUUGAUACUAUGUUGAUUAACAUUCAAAUGGAGAAAUCAAUUAAGCAAAACAACCAAUUCUGCUUUUCCACUGCUUUUUGAAAUUUUAGGCUGUGAAAUUGUCUUAAAGGCAGAAGAUAUCUCUAUUAAGUUCUUUUUGUAGGUCUUUUUAUUUUCAGCACAGCUCUAAUUUUAAAAUAAUUGCUAUAACAGCUUUUGGCAUGUGAAUAGGUUAAUGUUCAAAAUUAACUAAAGAAAACCCUUACAGUUCUGCUAAACUCAAUAAAUCGCUAGAUAUACACUGAGCAGUGAGAUGCAGAAAAAAAAAAUUUAGCUUCUUGGCUACUAAUAGAACUCUAAUUUUAAAUGUGAAAUCAUGGAGUCUUUUAAAGUAUUUUCAUGGAGUUUGUCAUCAUGAACAUUAGAAGUAGUGUGAUUCCUUUUAUUUUCCCACACAUCUUUAAACAUUCACAUGGAUUAAAGAAAAUGGAAACUGAUACUACUGACAAUCAAGCUGCUUUCUGACUUUCAUAAUUUUCUUUUUAUUAUGGAAACUUGGGAGGUAAUCAUGCUUUUGUAGGAGGAGUUGCAAUCAAUAUUUUUUUAAACUCUGGAGUCAGAUGUUGAUAGAUUCCUACUUUUUUUCACAUUGUAUCAUAUCAAUUGUUAAAAAGAUGAAUAACUUAAACUCUUAAUUCUCAUUUGAUAUAAAGGCUUAACCUUUGCUUACAAUCAUGUGUUUUGAAAUUUUGAUUCCAUUUUGGUUUCUAAGGUUAAAGAAUUGAAACUGAGGGAAAGAAAUUGAUACAUUGCAGCUUUGCUGAGGUCUGUGGUAUGAUUGUAACAUUUCGAAGACUACUAAAUUCAUACUUUAAAAUUUUUAAAGUAUAUAUGUGUAUAUGGUUAUCA